CAGCCGAAGAAACUGAACCUCGGCAGAGCAGUACAAACACGGACGGCAGAACGGUGAACAUAGCUCGGUGAACGGCGGAAGACGGAACAGAAACACAGACGGGAGACAGGCAACAACACAGCACAUCGUUCGUUCCUUGAAAAUAAACUGCGGUAGAAUUUGUUAUUCUUAAGCCGAGCUGCAAACAGAUCAUCAAAAGAUGGAUUUGAAAUUAUUCCUGCUUCUGGGACUCUUCUGCGUGGUGCGCGCACAGUCAGACAUGAGAGAUAAAGCGAUGCAAGCCAUUACGACAGGCCAGAUCAAUCGGAACCACGCUCGCUAUGGACGGAACUUUGUGCUGCCUCCUAUCGACGUGGUCGACAUGGAACCAGACAGACAGUUGAACGAAAUCCUGAACACGAUACCGGGCGGAGAGGGUGAUCUGAUGGAACCAGGAAUGGCCGAUGGCAAAUGGCAUCUCCCCCUUGACAAACAACUCAUUAAGUACCUUGUGUCGAGAAAAGCACGUAGCACUUAGAUCUUUAGCUGUACCUACCGAAGCCCCCCUUACCAUACCUUUUAGAUAAAAUACCCAACAAAAGAUUCAUGACUUGAAUAUGUUUCAGAUUUUGAUUUUCUUUGGGGGUUCAUUAUAUAAUUGGCCUGCGUACUGGAGUUUUUGGAGCACUUUUAGGAAGCUAUCAAAACGGUACGACUGUGCCACUCCGUGCCUCUUAAAACCCAAAGAGGGGUCUAAGUUGCGUCUUUUAGUUAUUGCAUCAUGUUCUGUCUGUGGGAAAUGACCAAUAGUGUGCACAAUUCUUGGGACUCAGUGAUCGUAUGUUAAAGACAAUUAUUGCCGAAUGUAUCAAAACAUAACACUCGUUUCUGGUUUUUUUUUGGUUUGUGUCAAAUUGUUGAAAUGUGAUUUCGAUGUUGUUUAUUUAAUUUUUAAUAUGGUCCUUAUUCUCUCCCUCUCCCACUUCUGCGAUUCUGAUCGAAAUCACAUUGUUACUUGACGGGUUCCUUCUUCGGGCAGAUAUCCUUCAAGAGGAUUUGUGUGCCUUUCAGAUGGCAACUUUUACGAUAAGUUAGGUUGGCGAUAAAUAAUGUACACGAAGGCUUUUGUAUAUAGAGGUCCAAACUUCCUCCAAACUUCCUCGAGGGUAGGAAUUAGCUUGAUUCUGGGGACGAGCAGAGAGGGGCGGCUUUCUAUCCUUGAGAGAGGGUUGACUUGAGAAGACUCUUGUACCAAAAAGUGAUUUUCCCCAAUAUCUGAAAGACAGACUUAUAGUGAAUGGCCAAUUUAAAUGGGCUCCAAAUUCAUGUAAAUGGGUAUAUAGAAUACUCCAACCGUUUUGAUUUAUCAGCUCAAUCCAACGAGUGACAAUUAUUAGUGAAUCCCUAUUGUAAGGUGUUCGGUUCGUGUGGAUAUAGACUGCCCCCAAAAUUGAUUUCUGACCAAUUAAUGUUCAUUCACUUCUUGACUUUAUACGUCAGAUGUUCCACUGAAACCAAAGAAUAGUUGGAAAUUGACUAGGAUAUAUAUUUUUUUGACUUACGAUGAGAAAAGCUACUUCCAAACCGUUUUGAAAACAGAUGGACUUGCUUGGGAACUUCAUUGAAAGUUUUCUAAACUUUCAUUUCAAUUUUAUCAUGAGAGAGUCAAGUUCGGCUUAAAAAAGUCGCGUAAGUGCUUUCAAAAACAACAGUUGGACAGUUUACCCAAACUAGCAUUAUAGAGCUUAUAUACAAAGCCCCAUUGUUUAUGUUUCCAUGUUCGUAUCACACAUUAGAUUAACUGAGAUUUAUUGCCAGCUUUUGUUUUCAAAUUAACACCAGAGGUUUCUAAUUAACACAAGAUCAUCCGGCCAGUGUUUUAAUGCUUGUAUAUAUGGACUAGAAUGUCAAAGCGAUUAUGUUUCUAGCACUAGUGAUCACGGCACAAUUUAAUAAUCGAUUAAUUAGGAAUUUGUUUAUAUGAAAUAAACUGUAUAAAUGUUCACAGAAAACAUGAAAGCA